CUAGCUAAUUUUAAAAUCAUCUAUGCACAACACUGUGCGAUUGUUAUGCGACGUUUACGAUAUUGAGUCUGCAUCUUUACGCGCGUAGAUCAAGAAACUUUUAUCAGAUACUCGCAAAGCAACGUUCGCGCCCGCAAGCGCGAGGCUGAACAACAGAAACGCACCGCACCUGUAACCGACGGGAAUACAUUAAUGAAUCCUUCCUCACCUGACUAUCGGUCACCUGACUCAUUUCCUGUGGACUGAAAGAACCCCCGGUACGUUUAAAAUCGUCGAUACAAUUGCAUCCCGCGCAUCCGCUGUCGGGAUGUAAUCACGGGAACGCGAACAAAAACCCGUCAUUGUCGCUAGGCGUAUUGCAGAGAACAGUGAAAGUUAAACCAGUGAACGUCUGUCCGCCGUGUAACAUUUUUUUUUCCUAAGUUUAUUUAUUUAUAAUACGACAAGAGCCUGGAGUUACAGUACGUAAGUUAAUGCGCAUACAGAAUAUUAAAACAUUAUGGCAAAGUAAUUGCACGGAGAACGCACGAAUAGAUAAUUGUUGUCGGCAACGUUGUAAAUAUAAGAAGAAUACGAAGAAAAUAACAAGCAAUUCUUAAUUGUCUCAUCGUGUCAUAACGUUGUACACAAAGGUUCUGUCCGGGCGAUUUCACUAUAAAUAGCACAAAUAUACGGUUCGGUGCAGUGAAGUGGAAGAAAGGAAGAAAAGGAGGCUCCGUGGAACCAGGGUACGAUGCAAGGUGCAACACGUGCUGCCCGACAGCUGUUUUCCGGUUUAAAUUCGGACGUUAAGCCCAUUUUUUAAUUUCGCGCCCGGGCGCACCCUCAAAUAAUAAUAACCGCAACGUGACACGGGGUGAAUCCUCCGCUGGGGACUCGCGAGCCAUUCGUCGAUACGCUCGCUUUAUUCAUGCACAGAGACCGCAUUCCAGGGAACGCGAACGGAAGUAGAUCACCGUAAAAGUUGCCAGGCAUUUUCUUCCCGCCGUUUAAAGAUUAUAGGAGCCCCGGACAGCACGACGGAAAGAAAACGUAUCCUGAUCGGCAAAUUAUUUGCAGGUAGUCUGUUAUUUCUGCCCGAUGUAAGAAACGAGAGAAAAAGCGGCGUAUUUUCGUAUUUUUAACCAGCCAUGGAGGACGAAGACUUCGGUUUCGCAAGGAGAACGGACAAUGUCCUGAAGAAGGUUUUCACCGUUAGCAAUGAUACAGUUCAUAACGUUGAGCAACUAAUCUGUUCUCCACCGAAGACAUCGGAAGUCGUUGGUGGAGGUGGAUCAACGACACCAGCGCCUCUGAUCGGGGCCGGAAGCGAGGGUUCUGUACGCGCGUCAACCGCCGCUGGCUCAGUCGUGCCCAACACGCCGAACAUACCGAACGUGGUGGAGUACCAUCUUAAAGUCAAGCCCAGGUCAACGACGAGGCACUGCCGGCCCGAUAACGUUCCCAAAUACCAGCCUCUGGAAGAAAUGAAGAAGGAGAAGAGUCCGGUGUCUUCUGAUGAUAAAAAGAAGGACCUCGUAUCGAAGCUGUCACGCCUGUCCAUCGACAAUAAUGUUUUUGAGGGCUCGACUGAUUUGCCGCAAGUGUUUCAGGUGAAAUAUUUGGGGUCCCAUGAUGCAAGAGGCCUCUGGGGUAUCAAGCAUACGAGAAGGCCCGUCGAUAAUAUGGUCUCUGCCGCGAAGGCUUUGCCGACCAACACAAUGCUUCCUCUUGUCAAGCUGGUGGUCUCUCAGGAGGGAGUUGCCUUGCUGCCAUUAGACAAGAGGAAGCAGGAUGCCAAUCUAUCCAGAAUGUAUCCUAUUGAGACGAUCUCCUACGGAGUACAAGAUCUCGUUUACACCAGGGUCUUCUCCAUGAUCGUCGUUCGUGAAACGGAAAACUUCCGGAGAAUCUCGCCGUUCGAAUGUCACGGUUUCGUUUGCGAAUCGAAGUACUACGCGAGACAGUUGACAUACGCCCUCGCUGCAGCUUUCGAGAAUUAUUCUAAGGCAGUGAAGGCCCAGGAGAAGCUGACCGGAGUCAUCGCGAAUAACACUGCUAGGAAGAGAUUUGCCAUCGAUCUGAGGAGCCCUGAGGAAAUUGAAGCGGAUCUUACGAUGGACUCCGAAGCGUAACUUCCAAAAUCUAGUGUUAUCUAUUAGAUUGAGACAUAAGUAAGUUUUUAAUUGGAAAAUGUUUCAAGAAAAUCGUGGAGAUUUUUAGGGGGAAUCUCUACACGAAGAAAUACAAAAAAAAAUUCGAAAGUGAUGAGCUUAACGUAUACUUCGAAAACCUAUUUAGAAAUAUGCGAUUUCGUAUCCUGUGUAACGCGAUGUAAAAUAGAUUAUUAUAUAUACCUUAAAUAUUUUUGAAAAGGACAAUACAGGGUAGAAAGUGUAGUUUUAGAUUUUCAGAAAAGUAUCAUCGCAUUUUUGUCACGGCAAACAGAUGCAUUUACAUAUUUAGUUAGACUUUCAAUUUCCCCGGUAUUUCAUAGUUUUGAUACACAAAGCUUGUGUUGAUAGAUAGAGAUAUAUUUUUUACCAUGAAAUAAUUAAUUCGAUAUAAAGAAAUUAAUAUAUUUCAUUUACAUGGAAAUAGACUUAUUGGAAUGCAUUUAAUAAAUAUAUAUGCUAUAGAUAAUAAAAUUGAUAGAUAAGUUUAUGUACAUAGUUGGAAAUACAAUCAUAAAAUAUCGAGUAAAUAAUAAUUUUUAAUAUCGUGGAUACAGCAUAUUCUAUUUCCGCAAAGAGACAUUAUGAGACAUUAUAAGAAACAUAUUUCAAUUGCAGUUCCUUUCACAAAAUGAUGAUUUCGAUUCAUUUAUUUAAAAUUCAAGAUUGCAUCUAUGUACGCGAAUGAUGAUUGAUUCGUCACUGCGAAGAUGUCGAAUGAUGCGUCAAUUCAAAGAUGAAAAACAUAUUUAUCAUCAGAGCGUUGUUACAUGAAUAUGUGUGUUGUAUAAUUGUUGUUUGUUUUAUUAUUUUAUCGGCAAUGCGAAAAGUUAGAUAGGUCUCGACUAUCCGAGACAUGAUAGCUAGCUAUCCAAAGAUAUCGAAUAGAAAAACGAUGGAACGCGAGAGUUGUGGAUGAUACUUCAAGCGAUUUCAUGAAAAUUUUACGAUGAGUGACGAAUCGGACGAUGGUUUUGGAUCUAUUUCUAGCUGUCUUACGUGUGCAUGUAUGUUUCUAGUUUAAGUUCAUUAUUUUAAGUCUACAUUAGAACAUUAGCGAAGCGUGUAAUAACAACAGAGAGCUUGUUGUUAUGUAAGUCCCAGUCUACAAUAGAUGAUUUAAGCCCUAAGCUUUAAGAAAUUGGCCAAUCACGGUCAAGU